AUGCCCGUGUCUGGACACGACGACAUCACCGACGACUAUGUCACCGAAAUGCUCAAGCGAGACGCAAAGGCCGUGUCCUCGUCAUCGUCGAGACUCGCUUCACUGAUUGACAAAAGGUGCCAUCCCUCGCGAUCCGCCAAUGCUCCGAAACCAAAUACCACCUUCUUAAGGAACAUCCUCCGCCACACAGACAACCACAACUCGGCCCUGCUCAAGAAAGAAGCCCAAGAAUCAAGACUCCGUCUGCAGAACCUGUCCAACUCUCACUCCCAGCGUCCUGCUCAGCAACUCUACUCUGCCCGAGACAGGCACAACCCCAAGAGGAGACGUCUUGACCCUGCCCAAGACCACUCGAGACCCGACCAGAAGCCUCGCUCCCAUCGUCACCCUUCUCCUGAUGCGAAGGCCACACACUCUCGCUCCCAUCGUCACCCUUCUCCUGAUGCCAAGGCCACACGCUCCCGCUCCCACCGUCGUCACGAAUCACCAGACCGCUCUUCACCACGCCGUAGUCAUAGACACCGUCGCUCGCCCGACUCAAAACGUCACGAAUCAACAAGACACCGCUCAUCUUCACCACGCAACCGCCAUACAAGCACUAGACACCGCUCCCGUUCGCCACGCAAUCGCCAUGCCUCGACUAGACCAUCCAAGUCGUCAGAGGACACGACUCGUCGCCGCAGCGCGAAGCACUCUCCACAAUCCGACGCUUCCGACUCCGAUCCUCUAGAUGCCAUUAUUGGUCCUGCCCCACCGUCAAAUCAUCCAGUCCGUUUACGAGGUCGUGGCACUCAAAACCAUGCUUCGGCCAUCGACUCCCAUUUCUCCUCGAAUUACGACCCGUCUGCCGAUGUGCGACCAGAUCCACAAGAAGACGAUGACUGGGACCAGGCUCUUGAAGCUCUACGGGAUCGCCAGAAAUGGAAACAGCAAGGCGCAGACAGACUCCGUGCAGCUGGUUUCACCGAGAAAGAGGUUAGCAAAUGGGAGAAGGGCGGCGAAAAGUCAGAAGAGGAUGUCGUCUGGACAAAGAAAGGCGAGGGCCGAGAAUGGGAUCGGGGCAAGAUUGUAGACGAGCAUGGUUCGGUGGAUGUCAAGCCAGCAUGGGGCAGGCUGAAAGAUUCUUGA